ACGCAUCCCUUGCUUGCUUGCUUGAUGACGGCGAAAGCGCGAAGCAGAGCUACGGGACGGACCCCACGUCUGAAGGAAAUGGACCUUUUCUCCUCGAUUGCGUGGCGAAUGUAACGGAAUAGAAUGGAAUGAGAUGGAACGAUAAAUGUAAGGCUGUGGAGAGGAGAAAGACAUCUCAGAGUGCGAGAACGAGCAGUGUCAGUGGUGAAGAAAAGAAGAAGGGAAGAAGAUUACGAUGCUAUUAUGCUCUUCGUCUCCGAUCUUCCUCGCUCGAGCCUCCUCGCACCCUCGAAAGGACUCAAGAAGUCAUGUGCUUGCAAAGUUGCAGUCAGCACUGGUGGCAAAUUCAUCUAUACGAUUUUCUGUUAAGUACCCUUUCUGCUGCCCGCAUAGGUUGUCCAUAAAUUUGAAGGCUGAGCGUGAUUUUGCAAUCUCAAGUGUUCUGGGUGAGAACCAAGCCAUGACAACUACUGAAGAGGAUGUUCAACAUUGUGGAAUAUUUGACUUGGAUCCAUCACUGGAAAAUUUUAAAGAUCAUCUCAUUUACAGGUCAAAGAAAUAUGUGGAACAAAAAUCAUUGAUUGAGAAAUUCGAAGGAAGUCUUGAAGAAUUUUCUCAAGGUAUCAAGCAUAUAUACUUCAAGUCAAUUGUGUUUAAAGCAUCUUAUAUAUGCGCAAACUUAUGUUUUCCUGGGACUUGGUCUCUGGCUACUUGCUCCUACAUCGUAGGUUAUCUCAAGUUUGGAUUCAACAGAGAACAAGAUGCUAUUGUUUACCGUGAAUGGGCUCCAGCUGCCCAGGAAGCACAACUUAUUGGAGAUUUCAAUGGCUGGGAUGGGUCCAACCACAAAAUGGAAAAAAAUGAAUUUGGUGUUUGGAAUAUUAAAAUCCCAGAUGCUGGAGGUAAACCAUCCAUUCCUCACAAUUCUAGGGUCAAAUUUAGGUUCAAACAUGGCAAUGGAAUUUGGGUUGAUAGGAUUCCAGCAUGGAUCAGAUAUGCCACCGUUGAUCCUACUCGAUUUGCAGCUCCUUAUGAUGGAGUUCACUGGGAUCCACCACCUUCAGAAAGGUAUAUCUUCAAGUACUCUAGACCUCCAAAACCUGCAGCUCCAAGGAUCUACGAAGCUCAUGUUGGGAUGAGUAGCUCAGAACCAUGUGUAAGCACUUACAGGGAAUUUGCAGAUACUGUAUUGCCUCGUAUACGAGCAAAUAACUAUAACACAGUUCAGCUAAUGGCUAUUUUGGAACAUUCAUACUAUGGAUCUUUUGGUUAUCAUGUUACAAACUUUUUUGCUGUAAGCAGUAGAUCAGGAACACCAGAAGAUCUCAAGUAUCUGAUUGACAAGGCGCAUGGUUUAGGUCUCCGAGUUCUUAUGGAUGUUGUUCACAGCCACGCUAGCAACAAUGUCACUGAUGGUCUUAACGGGUUUGAUGUUGGACAAGGCACUCAAGACUCCUACUUCCAUAAUGGGGAAAGGGGUUACCAUAAGCUAUGGGAUAGCCGAUUAUUCAACUAUGCUAAUUGGGAAGUCUUAAGGUUUCUUUUAUCUAACUUAAGAUGGUGGUUGGAUGAAUUUAACUUCGAUGGUUUUCGAUUUGAUGGGGUAACAUCAAUGCUCUAUCAUCAUCAUGGAAUUAACAUGGUAUUUACUGGAAACUACACCGAAUAUUUCAGUGAGGCAACUGAUGUGGAUGCGGUCGUUUAUAUGAUGCUGGCAAAUCACUUGGUGCAUAACCUUUUGCCAGAUGCCACUGUUAUUGCUGAAGAUGUCUCUGGUAUGCCAGCCCUAUGCCGACCAGAUUACGAAGGUGGAGUAGGUUUUGACUAUCGGUUGGCCAUGGCAAUUCCUGAUAGGUGGAUUGACUUCUUGAAGAAUAAAAUGGACAGUGACUGGUCAAUGAAAGAAAUUGUUUGGAGCUUGACUAACAGGAGAUACACUGAGAAAUGUGUAGCAUAUGCAGAGAGUCAUGAUCAGGCCAUUGUUGGAGACAAAACAAUUUCCUUCCUCCUCAUGGACAAGGUGAUGUAUUCAGGCAUGUCUGAUUUGGAACCUGCAUCACCUGUAAUUGAGCGAGGGAUUGCACUUCACAAGAUGAUUCACUUCCUAACAAUGGCCUUGGGGGGUGAAGGCUACCUAAAUUUUAUGGGAAACGAGUUUGGUCAUCCGGAGUGGAUUGACUUUCCAAGAGAAGGCAAUGGUUGGAGCUAUGAUAAGUGUAGACGCCAGUGGAACCUUGUUGACACUGAUCACUUAAGAUACAAGCACAUGAAUGGCUUUGAUAGAGCAAUGAACUUGCUUGAUGAUAGAUUUCACUUCCUUGCAUCAGAGAAGCAGAUAGUGAGCAGCAUAUCGGAAGAGGAUAAGGUAAUUGUUUUUGAACGUGGAGAUUUGGUUUUUGUGUUCAAUUUCCAUCCUGAGAAUACCUAUAGCGGAUAUAAAGUUGGGUGCGACUUACCAGGAAAGUAUAGGGUCACAUUGGAUAGUGAUGCUUUUGAAUUUGGUGGGCAUGGAAGAGUCGGCCAUGAUAUAGACCAUUUUACAUCUCCUGAAGGAAUACCAGGAGUCUCGGAAACAAACUUCAACAACCGUCCCAACUCAUUCAAAAUCCUAUCUCCGGCACGCACUUGUGUGGUCUACUACAAAGUUGAUGAAACUCUCCAACAACCUGAUGAAGAGACAACUGGCACAGAAACUACGGUGACACAGGUGCUCCAAGAUUCCCAGGUUGACAAAACUGCUGAAAACCCUAGUGAGGAAACAAUCAGCACCGAGGAGACAACAGUGAGACAGGUGCUCCAAGAUUCUCCUGACCUAGCUUCUGAUGAAGUUCUGGUUUCGAGUGGUAUCAGAGAUGAAAAGGAAAUAGACACGGAAGAUUCGACAGCCAGUGAUUAACUGUGGCUAACCCUGUUGUCAUGAUGUCACUCGGCAUAAUGCUUAGGCUUUAUGAGCUGUUGCUUCUCCAUUUCAACUUCAUUUUUCCUUUUUUUCUGAUGUAUAAAUGCUUCCUUGAAGACCUGAAUCAGUGAUAUGGGCAUUUCAAGAAAGAACUAUUUUGUGCCCGUAUGUCAACUAAUACAGGUCAUGGUUAGAAUUUUUUGACUCAA